UUUCCGGUAGUCAAUGUGUGUCUGUUUAUUUGCAAAGUAUGAGAUGCAUCUCUUUUCAAAGGGGCAUACGUAGACUGCAGAUGUGCUUGCUGUUCCAGUUUUGAGCCGUAAGAUACAUGUAAGCCGACAACUACGUUUGUUUUCACUGGGAAAAAGAUGGCAUCUGAGGGUGGCGACUUUAAUACAGACAGUCUGGAUUCCAUCAUCAAUGUGUUUGGACUUACAUCUAGUGAUACACUCAAUGGAUUUGCUGAAAUGUGGUACCAGGUUUUUUUAUGGGCUCUCUUCUCAUCUAUCUUUGCCCAUGUGGUGGCAGCACUGGUUGCUUUCUGCCGCCUAAGGAAACACCGAUAUGGACGCUGGAUUCCUGCUGUUGUUCUAGGCAUGGGUGUCCUUUCUCCUCUCACUGGCGGAGUGAUCACAAGUGCAGCCAUCGCCGGGUUUUACCGAGGUUCAGAUUUUGAAAUGAAGCCAUUCUAUGCUUUGUGUUGGGGAGCUGCACAGACAAUGUUUAUGAUUUUUGUGUCUUUUACAAGAAUUUUAUCAACUUUGUGAUUCUCAUGGAAAGAAUGAUUCAGAUAAUGGUGUUGUAUCAACAGUAGACAACUCCAACCACAAAGAGUGCAUCUUACAAUUUAGUCAACAUUUGUCACAUCCUGUGUACCGAGGAAGUGCAUUGCUCCAACUCUUAAUAAAUAGAUUUAUUAUGAGUUUUAUGAAUUACAAUGAAGAUGUCAUAUUCAGCAUAUAUAUAACUUUGAUAUGCUCCAAUAUUGAGCAGAUCAAAGUUGUUCAUACAUGCCAAACUUAUUUUUAGUUUUAGAUAAGUUGAUAUCCCAGUUACAAUUAACUGAAAAGGGACCAAAAAUUAACAAGAAACUAAAAUGUGUAGUAAUAUAAUUAAAUGCUUAAAAUUGAAGAUGGACAGUGUAAUAUUUAGAUUUAAUGAGUAAAUGAUUGUUAGAAUACUUCACCAGUAGUAUAAAACACAUCCCAAUGCCUGGUAAAAUCAUUGUUUCUCAAGAUUAUAUCAGAAUAUAAAAGGCCAAACUUUCUGAAACAUAACCUGGUGUUAUUCUUUAAUGUGUAGAUGUGCAAUAGAGGUUAAAAAAGUUCCUAAGGUCAAGGUCGCCUUUACUGAAAAUAGAAUUGAGGAUAUACUGUCAACAAUACAUAUAUAUCAUAUAAGGCUCAUAAAGACAGCUAGAUUUUCUGAAAUUUCACAUAAUACACUUUGAAAUGCAGAUGCACAUUUAGUGUUUAAAAAGUUCCUAUUAAAGGUCAAGGUCGCUUUUCGUUAGAGUAUAACUGAGCAUACAUUUGGAUAUUGUCAAAAUUAUAUCAUAUUAGGCCUUUACAGAAGGCCGAGCUUUCUGAAAUUUCACACAAUGUUACACUGUGAUAUGCACAUAUGUGAUUGAAAAUUUCCUCUGGUCAAGGUGGUUGUAACUGUAAAUAGAACCAGGAAAAUACUGUCAAAAGUACAUCAUCAUAGGCCAGAGGACAAAUCUUUCUCUGAAAUAUCACAUGAUGAUACACUGAAAUACAGAUACACAAGAGGGGGUAUAGAAAUUUUCCUAACGUCAAGGUCACUGUUACUAAAAGUACAACUAAUAUACUGUCAAAUAUCCCAUAAGGCCUUCAUGGAAGGCCAAACUCUCUGAAAUAACACAUGGUGAUAUAAUCUGUGGUAAAUAGAUAGGCAAUAGAUAUUCAAAGAUUCCCUAAUAUUAAGAUCAAGGUUGCUGUUAAAAAUAUCACCAGAAAUAUACUGUAAAAAAUAAUCCUACAAGACCUUUAAAGAAGAUAAAAUUUUAUAAAAUUUCACCUGAUUAUAAACUGUGAUAUAUAGAUGUGCAAUAGGAGUUUAGAGUUCCCAGUGUCGAGGUUACUUAGUAGUAUUUUAAUAUCAAUGUAGCAGAUAUUUUGAACACUGUCAAUUCGAAUAAUGCGAUUGUGUUGAAUAUAUCUUGCGGUCAGUUCCUUCUAAAUUAUACCCAAACUUCCUUAUUUUUGUCGAUCAAUUUGUUUGUCAAUAUGUAUUUGCCAAUAAAUAUAAAGCAUGACAUAUAAAUUGAAACUGAUGGACAAAACCUAAGUCCUACACUAGUGCGUAUCUCCUGGUCCUUAUUAAUGGCCGACUACCUUUCUGGGCUAACGCAACACAAACAUUUAACAUUUUAAAUCCAUUUUAUGGUCAAAAUUGAAUCUUUACAGCAGUUUAUAUUCAUAUUUAUCGAAUGCUGAAAAUGUAAUUGCUAUUUUUAGCUCACCUGGCCCCAAAGAAUAAGGCAAAUAUUUUCCUUGGUCCCGUCGACUUCGACUUAUCCGUGUUUUACUGUAUGUUAUUUUAAUUUUGUUGAAUUUUAUUUUGUUAAAUAAAAAUUGACAUUAU